AUGGUCCGACGAAACAGAGCCAUGGAAGAUGCCGAUAAGCGACCGGAGAGCUGUGCUGGCGACGAAAUUACAGCUAGUGCCUUGUCAUCUGUGACUCCAGGAGAGGCACCCACGACAUUGGUGCCUCUAGACGGAAACGAGUAA